AACACAGGCAAGUGUUACAAACGAAACUGCCCUUGGUUGCAUAGCUGUGCACCACCAUCCCUCAAAGCAAUGUUUUACUGCAUCAGGAAUGCAAAAUGACUCCAAGUCGAAAUCCGAGGGAUGCUCAACCAAAGUGCCAUUUAUCAUGUCAGACCACAAACUAACAACCCAUGGAAUCAUGACAUUUCCAAUGGUUCUAGGCCUGAAAAAGUUGGAUUUGAAAUUUCAGAAUUUGCAACAAAACUUUUAUCUUUGGGAGUUAGGCAAGUAGUUAUUUGUCAACUCUUUAGCCGUUUUAGACUAAGGUCAACCAGCAAACUAGAUGUUAAGACAUACAAUAAAAAUGCCUCAAUUGCAAACACUUAUUUAUAUCACAUCUGCCAAGUUGAAGAUAAUAUUUCAUUCUGGCAACAUGAUGGAUUUAGAAAUGCUGAGACUCCAAAUAUGGACUAUUAUUGUGAUGAUUUGGUGCACCUUAGUAACAGUUGA